AUGGACGGCCUUUCGGGCGCAGCAAGCGUCAUCGCGAUAGUCGACAUAUCCGCCAAGAUCGCCUCGCUCUGCUACCAGUACUCGGUGGCUGUCAUGGGCGCGAGGGAUGAUAUCGAGCGUGUGCGGAGAAAGGUCAGCGACAUCACCCACAUCCUGGAGAAGAUCAAGCAGCUCCUUGACAGCCGGGACAAGACGCGGCUCUCUACCACUCAGGGCCUGUUUAGCUCGCUCGAACAAUGCCUCAGGGAGCUGAAGAGCCUCGAAGCAAAGUUAGAUACAGGAAAAACUCGCAAGAUUAUGAGCCGGUUCGGCUUCCGCGCGCUUAAGUGGCCGUUCACGAGUAAGCAGGUGGACAAGAUCGUUUUAAACUUGGAAGGAUACGAGCAGACGUUCAGCUUGGCACUGCAGGUUGAUCAGACAGUCGUUGUGUUCAACAUAGACCAGAAGCUGGAUCUAGCUAAACUGCCUGUUGCGACAGGCGCCUCCUUCAACUCCCACAACGAAGAGCAUAACGCACGAUGCCUACCGAACACCCGCACCGAGCUGCUAGACGAGAUCACAACAUGGGCGAACAACAAGGAUGACAAGUACAUAUUCUGGCUGAGCGGCAUGGCGGGCACGGGAAAGUCUACGAUAGCGCGGACAGUCGCCCAGUCGUUCGCUAGUCGAGGGCAGCUCGGAGCCAGCUUCUUCUUCAAGAAAGGCGAGGGCGAGCGCGGCAACGCCUCGCGCUUCUUUACCACCAUCGCCACUGAUCUGGUCGCCUGCGAGCCGGGCAUGCUUCCUGGUAUCACGAAGACGCUCGACGAGGACUCGACGAUCUCACACAAGGCACUAAAAGACCAGUUUGAGAAGCUGAUCCUGCAGCCACUCUUAGGGAUAAAGCAGGCUCGAUCGCAGGCCCUGGCGCGUGUUGUCGUGAUCGACGCGCUGGACGAGUGUGAGCGAGAAGCCGACAUUCGAGCGAUCCUCCAGCUGCUCGCUCAGACGAAAGACGUUCGUCCAGUGCCGCUGCGGAUUGUGGUGACAAGCCGGCCAGAGCUCCACAUCCGCCUGGGCUUCAGGGAGAUGUCAAACGGCACAUACCAAGACCUCGUCCUCCACGAAGUGCCAAGGACUACAAUUGAACAUGACAUCCGUCUGUUCCUGGAGCAUGAGCUUGGUGUGAUACGAAAAGAACGCAUGUUAGCCUCCGACUGGCCAGCGCAACAGCAGAUCGUCGCGCUAGUUGAGCUGGCUGUGCCGCUGUUCAUCUACGCUGCCACUGUGUGUCGGUAUGUUGGCAGCAAAGGAAGCAAUCCCACAGCGUUUCUGACCAAGGUCCUGCAGUAUCAAAAGGCGACUUUUUCGCAGCUAGAUCGGACGUACCUCCCUGUGCUCGACCAGCUGCUUAGUGAGCAGGAGGAAGACGAGAAGGAGGCGUGGCUUCAGGCUUUCCGAGAAGUUGUCGGCAGUAUUGUUGUGCUUGAAAGCCCGCUCUCUGCUGUCUCACUUGCCCGUUUACUUCAAGUUCCACAAGAGGAGGUUAAGUGUCGACUCGACUCUUUGCACUCUGUUCUUAGCGUUCCUAACAGCGAGAACGGGCCUAUUCGACUUUUGCACUUGUCUUUUCGUGAGUUCCUCGUUAACCCUCAAAAACAAGGAAAGAGUCCGUUCUGGGUAGACGACAAAAGUACACACCAGAAGCUCGCCUUUCGCUGCCUUGAGCUUAUGUCUGGAUCCAGCGGUCUUCAUCCGGACAUGUGCGGCCUCUCAGGCCCUGGAGUGCUAAGAAGCGAGAUCGAUGAGCAGACAGUUGCUAGCAGUCUGUCACCUGAUCUACAAUAUGCAUGUCGGUACUGGGUCGAUCAUCUCAAGCAGAGUCAGCAACAUAUCGUAGACGGAGACACGACGCAUGUCUUUCUUCAGAAGCAUUUUCUACAUUGGCUCGAAGCCAUGAGUCUCAUAGGAGAGUCGAGCAGAUGCGUCGACUUACUCGACAGCCUUCAGGCAAUUGCAGAUCUAACUACAAAAUUUGUGUUAACCUUUCUUCACGACGCUAAGCGGUUUGUGCUGCGGUUUCAGUUUGUGCUUGCAGAUGCUCCAUUGCAGAUAUAUUGCUCAGCACUUGUGUUCGCACCCGAGAGGAGCCUGAUACGACGGACUUUUGUAGACCAAGUACCACAGCGGGUUAAGAUGCUAUCUAUGAAGGAAGCAGACUGGGACGCCUGUCGUAGCACGCUGGAGGGCCAUUCCUCCAGGGUCAGGGCGGUGGCCUUCUCACCAAAUGGGCAGCUAGUCGCGUCAGCGUCUGACGACAAUACAGUACGGCUGUGGGAUGUGCUGGCAGGGACGUGUCGCGGCACGCUGGAGGGCCAUUCAAAUACAAUCACGGCGGUGACCUUCUCACCAGACGGGCAGUUGGUCGCAUCGGCAUCUUACGACAAGACAGUACGGUUGUGGGAGGCGUCGACAGGUACGUGUCGCAGCACUCUAGAGGGCCACUCUAGUUUUAUUGAGACGGUAGUCUUCUCGCCAGAUGGGCAGCUAGUCGCGUCAGCAUCCACCGACAAGACAGUGCGGCUGUGGGAGGCGGCGACAGGAACGUGUCGCAGCACGCUGGAGGGCCAUUCCGACUGGGUCGGCGCGGUGGCCUUCUCGCCCGAUGGGCAGCUAGUCGCGUCAGCAUCUCGCGACAAGACGGUACGGCUGUGGGAGGCGGCGACGGGGAUGUGUCACAGCACGCUGGAGAGUCAUUCCGGCUGGGUCAGCGCGGUGGCCUUCUCGCCAGACGGACAGCUGGUUGCAUCGGCAUCCAUGGACAAGACUGUGCGACUGUGGAAAGCGGGGACAACUAACGACGAGACAGUACAGCUGGAUGUGGCAUUCUCGCCCGAUGGGCAACUGGUCGCGUCAGUAUCUGAUGACUACAUAGUACGGUUGUGGAAGGCGGCGACAGGGACGUGUCGCAGCACGCUGGAGGGCCAUUCAAAUACAAUCACGGCGGUGACCUUCUCACCAGACGGGCAGUUGGUCGCAUCGGCAUCUUACGACAAGACAGUACGGUUGUGGGAGGCGUCGACAGGGACGUGUCGCAGCACUCUAGAGGGCCACUCUAGUUUUAUUGAGACGGUAGUCUUCUCGCCAGAUGGGCAGCUAGUCGCAUCAGCAUCCACCGACAAGACAGUGCGACUGUGGGAUGUGCCGGUAAGGACGUGUCGCAGCACGCUGGAGGGCCAUUCAGAUGCAGUCACGGCGGUGGCCUUCUCGCCAGACGGGCAGCUGGUCGCGUCAGCGUCUGACGACGAGACAAUACGGCUGUGGGAGUUGGCGACAGGGGCAGCGAUAACAAUGUAA